AUGAGCGGGUGUUUUCCAGUUGCUGGCCUCCGAUGCUUGUCUAGGGACGGCGGGAUGGCUGCGCAGGGCGCGCCUCGCUUCCUUCUGACCUUUGACUUCGAUGAGACCAUUGUGGAUGAAAACAGCGACGACUCGAUUGUUCGCGCAGCGCCGGGCCAGCGACUGCCAGAGAGCCUGCGUGCCACCUACCGUGAGGGCUUCUACAACGAGUACAUGCAGCGCGUCUUCAAGUACCUGGGCGAGCAGGGUGUGCGGCCGCGGGACCUGUGUGCCAUCUACGAGGCCAUCCCCCUGUCGCCCGGCAUGAGCGACCUGCUCCAGUUUGUGGCUAAACAGGGCAACUGCUUCGAGGUUAUUCUCAUCUCGGAUGCCAACACCUUCGGCAUAGAGAGCGCACUGCGUGCUGUCGGCCACCUAAGCCUGUUCCGGAGCAUCCUCAGCAAUCCCUCGGGGCCGGAUGCUCGGGGGCUGCUGGCGCUGCGACCCUUCCACACGCACAGCUGCGCGCGCUGCCCCGCCAACAUGUGCAAGCACAAGGUGCUCAGCGACUACCUACGCGAGAGGGCCCAAGACGGCGUGCACUUCGAACGCCUCUUCUACGUGGGCGACGGCGCCAAUGACUUCUGCCCCAUGGGGCUGCUGGCGGGCGGCGACGUGGCCUUCCCGCGCCGCGGCUACCCCAUGCACCGCCUAAUCCAGGAAGCUCAGAAGGGCGAGCCCAGCUCCUUCCGCGCCAGCGUGGUGCCCUGGGAGACGGCCAUCGACGUGCGCCUCCAUCUCCAACAGGUGCUGAAGACAUGCUGA